GCCACUUGAGUCGAAUAUCCAUCACUCACUCACACAUUGGUUUUCUCUCUCUGACUGUCACCCUCAUCCAUUAACAGUCUCCAUCACUCUCCUCUCCCUCCUAAUUACAAUUUAAUAAAUCCACCUCACUCAUUCAUCCCUUCUUCACUCUUCCAAAACCAUUGAAUCACUCCAAUGGAUCCUCCUCUCAUCAGCGACUCCACAUUCUCCCCCGCUUACUCCCUCGCCGAGAUUUGGCCUGGAAUGCCCCAUUUUCCCGAUCACUCUCACCUCACCGCCACCGCUCCCACCAAGGGAAAGGACUCCACCGCCGCCGACGAGGUCCUCUCCUCCACCACCACUGCCAACCUAUCCAAUAAUGAUUCUGGUAGCAACAAACGGAUGAAGGUAGGAGGGUCCAGUUUUGAAAACGAUGGUUUCAAAGCGGAGGCAGAAGCAAGUUCUGUGGGUGGUAACAAGUCAAGUGAGCAAAGCAAUAAACCUUGUGAGGCACCUAAGCCAGACUAUAUUCAUGUGAGAGCAAGAAGGGGCCAAGCUACCGAUAGCCACAGUCUAGCAGAGAGAGCAAGAAGAGAAAAGAUCAGUGAGAGGAUGAAAAUUCUUCAGGAUUUGGUGCCAGGGUGUAACAAGGUAAUCGGUAAAGCACUUGUCCUAGAUGAGAUAAUCAACUACAUCCAGUCGCUGCAGCGUCAAGUUGAGUUCCUUUCAAUGAAGCUUGAAGCAGUUAAUUCAAGAAUGAACACGAACCCUACUAUUGAUGGGUUUCCUUCAAAAGAUGUUGGUACUCAGCCAUUUGACAUUGCUGGAAUGGUAUUUGGAUCACAAGCAGCAAGGGGGUAUGCUCAGGGAUCAUCACAUCCUGGGUGGCUGCAUAUGCAGAUAGGUGGUGGGUUUGAGACAACAUAAUUCAGAGAAGUCUCAUUGGGAAUGACAUAUCAACCGAUAAGAUUGAUUUUCUAUUUAAAAAAAACAAUAGUGGGUUGGUUACAUAGUGUGCUUUUUUAACAACCUAGUCAACUGUUGCCGAAUGUUGUAGGUUUGUAUUUCCAUUGUUAUAGUAUGAUAUUAUUUAUAGAAAGUGCAUCUAAAUCGCAUGUGCUUCGUUAUAUUAGCAAUUAGCGAGUAGAAAACAAUCUUAGUGUGGUUUUCGUUUUUUAAUCCUGCUGUGAUAGGAUUCCUGCCUCCUGAUUUGAUUUGUAUAACUAUAUAUAUUGCAGGUAUGCAAUUGUGUAUUCUGAAUGAUGAUAGUUUGAAAAUGAUUGAGUCUGACAAUUUGAAUCAUUACUGCAUUAAAAAAAAGGACAAUUUGAGUCAUUAA